ACCGUAUAUCACGUGAUAUGUUGUGGGUAUUGGCAGGAUCGCCACGUGUAAUGACGGGCAGGCCACAACAAUAAGGGUCGCCGUACUCGAAUGGGUAUACGAUCAGGCGACAUGGCGGGGUGCAUAAUGGGGCGUUCAUCUGGUGGUAAUGUUGGAGUUCACGGUGGAUUCGAGACAGGCAUAUUUGGUUCCCACAAAAUUACCAUUGCAGCCGAGACAGCUCAUUGGCAACAAUGGUAUGGGUUUCAAUGGCUCCACCGCCCAAGCAAUGCCAUGCCGCCGGCAUUUCAUGAUUGUCGCUGGAUUCUCGCUUCGAUCCUAGGAUUCUCUUGAUCCCCGCGAGAUUGUCGCUAUUUUCCUCGGA